GGCAGUGCCACCGGAGGCCCGGCGGUUUCAGAGCUUCGCCCGGGACGACAAACCGCGGACGAGCCGAGUGCGGGAUACCCCGGUCGCGUUUCACAGUCUCCGUCGACCGAUCCGAGGUAUAUACCGAGUGUCCGCGCAGUAAAAAAAUCGCGGGGUAAAAAAGAAAGGGAAAGAGGGGGGAGAGAUCCCGAUUGUGAACGUCGAGGUAGACCGAUUCGUGACCUUGGUGCGCGCGACACUUUUUCGGUCCUCCGGUGAUCCUCCGGAUCGGUCGGAUAUAAUCCCGAGCGCUCGUCUACAGGACUCAUCGAUCUCGGCCACGAUCCGCCGGCACGUUUCGGUGAUCCAACGGCAACGAUAAUGUGAUAUCACAGUGUCGUGAAAGGAAGGAAGAGAAAGAACGAGCAACGCGGGAGUAUGCGCGACUCUUGGUAGCGGAAGGCUGGAAGAUGAACGGGACGACGACGGAUGAUUAUUAAGCAGAGGAAACGACGGGAGAAGGGGAUGCACCGAGGUGUUCCAUGAGAUGUCAGUGGAUCCAGGGACAGUUUCGCCAACGUCGUCGUCGUCGUCGUCGUCGUCAUUGUUGUCGUCGUGAUCACCAUGAGAAGGUCCUCCUACGUCAACUACUACGUCCUGUGCCUCGUGUGCUGGAUCCUACUAGGUAUUAGCGGGGUGAGUACGAGGUCUCAUUCGUUGGUGAAGAGGUUCGACGGGAUUUACACGGGGCCUUACUUUGACUCGAACACUCCAACGAAUAUCACAGCGCAGCUGGGCACUCACGCUUACCUACCGUGCAAAGUGCGGCAGCUUGGUAACAAAUCAGUUUCCUGGAUCAGAAGAAGAGAUUCGCAUAUCCUCUCGGUGGAUAGAACCAUGUUCAUUCCGGACGAAAGGUUCCAAGCGAUUUUCGGGGAGGCGGACACAUGGACGCUGCAAGUAAAAUAUGUCCAGGCGCGCGACGAAGGCGAGUACGAGUGCCAAAUCUCGACCGACCCGAAGAAGAGUCACAUCAUCAAGCUCAACAUCGUCGUGCCAAAGAUCGAGAUCUUGGGGGAUCGUGACAUGUACGUGAAGACCGGAAGUACAGUCGCGAUACGAUGCGUGAUAAAGCAGUCCCUCGAGGGCCCGUUCUACGUUUUUUGGUACCACGAGGGCGAUCGCGUUCUAAACUAUCAGCUGCACAAGAUCGACAUUCAGACGAAGAGGAUCGAUCAAGAUACGGUGAGCAGCCUCGUGAUCCACAACGCGAGACGAGAGGACUCGGGUAACUAUACUUGCAGCCCGAGUAACCUGGAUAGCGCGAGCGUGCAGCUGCACGUGCUAAACGGGGAACAUCCCGCGGCGAUUCAAAGAGGCAUCAGUUCAGCACCGGGUGGUUGUCCCACCCUGUGGUGGCUGGCAGGAGUGGUGACAUUGUACUCGAGUCACGGCAGUCGCCCGUUCGUCCUCGUUCUUCUGAUCCUUAUGGUUCUCUACUCGAAAAAUCCAUCUUACUUUGCGACGGAACGAUAAUCAGGCAAGACUGUAAGGAUGGUAUACGCGUAUAAUCGAUUAUCUCCUGCUACGAGACCCCGACUACCUCGAGAGAAGAGAUCCUCGACGGACCGAUUUCCCGAGAUCGGAAACAAAAAGGACGAGAGGGAGAGAGGAUUAGGAAGAUGGAAGGUAAAAUGAAAGAGAGAAGAAUAAAGAUUCCGGAGGUAGUAUGUUUUUUCUCGCGCGAAGUAAGAGUUAGAGGUUUAUCUCGAUUAUCGAGACAGUGAUCCGGCCGUUAGAAAUUAGGACUUAGUUAAUUAUAUGAAUUCUUGUUAAAUUGCUGCGAGAGCUAUACGUGCUGGAAAAGCUACGAAAUUUUUGACGUUGUCGAAAAUAUAAAUUAGGUCGAGCUUGAAUAAGAUAAACGGGUGGUUCGUGAACGUGUUUUCAACAUUUUCAUUAAGGAAUGGAUCGUGACUAAAAUCAUUUUCAUCAUUUUUUACGCGCGUCAAACUGUUCAUUGAUUUUAUAAUACAUUUUUUAGAAACUAUAUCUAAAAUAAAAUCAUUAUUUUAAGAAGAAACGCGUCUACAUUUACGCUUUUACAUUUAAAUUGUUUCACGUACUUCCCGUUUGUAUUAGCCCGACAAGAUAGAAAGUUACGAAAUCUCAAAGAGGAGUGCUCUAAAAAAAUAAUCGCGAGAUCUUGUCGCGAGGGCGUUGGGUAGUUUCGUAGCGCCCGUUACAAGAAGGCGAUAAUGUGACGAGAAAUAUAUGUAGGAAUGAAAAGGGAGAGAGAAAGAGACAGGAAGCGAGAGAGAGAGAGAAAGACACGACAUAGAAAAAGAACCAUUUAUGAGAGAAUGGGAAAAAGCAGAAGAAAAACUUCGUCCGCGCCUCUCGAAUAGAAUUGAAACUUGUUCGAUGAAUUUUCGAAAUGCGAUGUGAUUUAUUAUAUUCGAUAGCGACCGAUUAUAACAAGCGUGUCUAUACUCGACGUCUAUCGCAUGAUCUAGGAUCGUCCAGAGAUUGAGCGAUCUCGGCCAUUGUCUCUUAGAUGAUUUGUCGAUAUGCGCUCAAAAUCGAUUAGAAUCUUUUGAAAUUUUUAACAAUACUGUCCUUCCAAAGUGGUUUGUGAAACACAAACCCGAGGAAGGACAGAGAGCUUUCAACCAAACGAAACGAUUCUAUUGGAAAAGAUUUAAAAAAUGUUAUCAAUAUACGACGAAGGUAAUAUUCGAAACAAAAUAACUCAUAUCAAGCGACGUCUUGCCAUAUCAAAUUCAAAUUAGUCGCGUAAAAUGUUCCAAGCACAAAAACAGAUUUGGAAACAAAAAAAAAUAUAUAUAUAUAGAGAGAGAGAAUAUCACAUUUUAUUAGUUUUACAAUUUUGAUUUAAAGGUUCAUCGACCGAGAUAACUGCCAGACGAGAUGUCGCGAUGGAAAUUAUCACUGCCCCUAUAAAUACGUUAAUCUCGUUCAAAGACGACAAGCGACUCGAGACGAUCCGCGAUCAAUAUUUUAUUAGUAUUAAAAGCGCAUUGAGUAUACACACGCCAAUCAAAAUAAUAUCAUACAUCCGCGCAUGCACAGGCGAAUUUACCGCGACGUGGGCCUCGCAGACCGACACACAUUAUUCCACCGAUCCACGUGGUUUUAUAGAAAAAAAAAUUGGAAGAUCUUUUAGAAAUAUAGAGGAAAUUUAUAUACACAUUCUAAAGAGAUUUUAAUAUUCACAGAUAAAACUUUUAUUCUUUCCUCUCAAAAGUUUUCGAAAUUAAUAAGAUAGCUAUCUCUCUAUUAAACGUUUAUUCACGUAUUUACGACGUAUUAAAUAAGAUAUUUGUUCUAUAUAAAAAAUUUACAAAUGUGUCCUACUAUAAUCUAUACAAAUUUUAUAUAUGUAUUUUAAAUAAUGCUUUGAUUCUUCUUCGAUGAUUUUUUUAUGGAUCAUUGAAUAUUUCAAAUAGGUAUUUAAUAAUAGAGGCGAAUACUUUCGGUAACUAUACCGUUUUGAUAACAUCUCGCGUAUUUUCACGGUUUUUGGCCCACGGCGUGCCUGCCUCUGAGCAUGAUCGGUUGUAUAAUUUAGCGAACGAGCGUACGGCUUUCCGGUGAGGUGCCCUUCCACGCACCCCCGCGAAUUUGCUUUCUUCUCGCAAGUACUAGAAGAAAUAUACUGUUUUUUAUAAUAUUAUAUAUAUAAAUAAAUAUAUAUAUAUAAAU